AGCUGUAUGUAUAAAAAUUUACUAAAUCACUGAAGUAAAAAUGGAAGAAGUUUGUCGCAUUUGCAGAAGCAACUGCGUCACUCUAGUAAAUAUCUUUGACCAGCUGGAGCAGGACCCUCCUCUGGUGGACAUGCUGAUUGAGUGUGGCAACUGUAAAAUAAAUCCUAAUGAUCCGUUGCCUCAGAACAUAUGCCUGGCCUGCAUAUUGGAUGCUCAAAAUGCAUUUCAAUUCAAACGCAGAUGCGAACACAGUCAACAGUACUUUUUGCUGUUGCUAGGUAUUGGAAACAAGGAUAAUUCCGACUGCGAAGACGUACGUGUUCAAUGUACACUCGAAAUUAAAGAAGAGCCGUUGGAAAAUGUACCGACUGAAAGCAGUGUCAAUAACGGAAGCGUCAAAGACACUGAAAGUAGCUCAGCGACGUCGUUGCCAGACGUUGAAAAGAGAAAAAAAUCCAACUGCGAGGAUGACGUCCCUAAUUCCCAGUGUCUCCUCAAUGUUAAAGAAGAGCCAUUGGAAAAUAUCCUGCCUGAAAACGGUGUCGAUAACGAACGCUUGGAAGACAAUGGAGUAAGCUCAACAGCGUCGUUGUGCGAUCAACAAAACAUUGAGGAGCCUGACUCCAGGACAAGUGACAAAAAGAAAUCGUAUCCAUGUUUGACAUGUGGAAAAGUGUUUAGUCAUAAAAGCGACUUGACAAAACACUCGCGCAUUCAUAACGGUCGUUACAAGUGCACCCACUGUUCGAGGGCUUUCAAUUCAUCAAGUACUUGCAAGUUGCACAUCCGACUUCACACUGGCGAACGUCCAUUCAAAUGUACGCAUUGUACAGCAGAAUUCUUAAGGAACGAUGACCUAAAAAGACACAUGUUUAAGCAUACUGGUGAACGCCCGUACGAAUGUCCUCACUGCUUAAAGCGAUUUACUCACCGCAGCAUUCUCAAUAAGCACAUUCGAACACAUACCAAUGACCGGAAACACAAGUGUCCACAUUGCCAAAAGGCCUUCACUGAUGGCUACACUCUCAAAGUACAUAUUCGCAGAUGUACUGGCGAGCGGCCAUUCCAAUGUGCCGACUGUCCGAAGGCCUUUGUAUUGAAAAAAGAACUACAGCUGCACCAAAACACUCACUUGGAUUAUAAGUGUCCCAGCUGCGCGGGACGCUGCUCAGCUGCUCAGCUAAAAAGGCAUUCCAGUAAGCACACGAUUGGCGAAGAAGCACCACAUGAGAUGCCAACAAGAGAUGAUGGUUUUAAAGAAGAUAACCCAUGUUCGCUUUCUUUGGUUGCACCUCACUCUGAGAUAUUAAUCGCUGAGUCGUCUGAAGAUGUGACCACCGAAGGACCCAUGGAAGGCAAAAAUUUGGAUGAAAGGCACCCAUUUGAUCAGAAAACAUUUCAGUGUGCUACUUGCGACAAGAGUUUUGCAACAAAGGGUCGUUUGAUCCAACAUUAUGGCGUCCAUACCGAUGAACGUCCGUUUAAGUGUGAGAUCUGUUCGAAAGCGUUCAAACAACGAUCACAUCUCACUAAGCAUAGUGUUACUCACACAAGAAAUAACUAGAAUUAAUCGAUAUUUAAUGGGUAAUGUAUGUUGUUAUUAUAUUAAUCAAUUAAUAUUAACUACCCAUUGUAGAAACCAAAACCUUAAAUAAUUAAAAUCGUUUUAAGUUGGAGUAUACAUUCCAAGUAGAAUAA